CCUCGGGAGGCACGAGAGGGCUCCUGGUGUGCUCUCCUGGGCAAGCCUCCCCAGCGUGCGUCCCCUCUGCUCUUCCUCCGGCCAGCUUAACCAGUGCCAGCAGCUCCACAACCAGCAGAUGUGGGUCAUCGACAUGGUGUGUCUCCACAACAUGAACCUGGUGGCGAUUGCAUCUACUGACCAGAAGAUAGAGUUCUUUGACAUUAGUAACCAUAAAUGUGUCCGGGCCUUCACCUUCAUUGAUCUGGACAGCUGUGUCCUGGUCAUGGACUACUGGUCUGACUAUCACAGAGGUGUGUUCUGCUACGGGGAUACCAAAGGCAACGUCAUCGUCUUCACCUCCGACAAUGUGACCAACGGGCUGUUCAACCCUCAGAUCCUCCCCAGGGCCUCCAAAUGGGGUAGCUACGAUGCUGGGGAAUGGGGUCGAGAUGGCCCUGCCCUGAGGCACUCUUCCCUCUCUCUGCCUCCCUGCUCAGAGCCGCAGGGAAGCCUGGCUCCUUCAGAAGCUCAGGCAGCAGUGCACGUGCGCACGCAGCUCAGAGCGGCCUGUGGGAGACAGCGGUGAUGGGGUGACAGCAGGAGACAGGGAGGGGCUGAGGAGAGGGGCUGUCUCUGAAGGUGGGAGGUUGUGCAGGUGAGGGCUGAGGGCUGGGGGGCUUCAAGACCCUUCUCAUCCCGGGAAGAUGAACCUGUGCCAGCUGUGUGACCCUGGGGAAGUUACUCAGCCUCUCUGGGUUUUGGGUUGAUAGUGCUCACUUCUUCCAUGGUUGUGAGGACAGUUCUGCUCUCCUUAGCUCUGAGCUGCCUUUGGGUGGUGGGGGAGGGCGGAGAGGCUGCCCUGAAGGUGGGCUCGGUGGGGCCCGGAGGAAAGCCUGGCUCCACAUGAACGUAAGUAAGCACGGUGACAUUUACUG